GGUGGAACUUGGCUUAAAGUUUAAAUGCUUUUGUACCCUGCCCUGCAGGAUCUCUAGCCAGGGGAAUCUGAUAAGUUAGCCCAAGGGUGACAGUACCUUUGCUCUCUCCCUGCAAUCAAAAGCUUUCUGAGUGCUGAGGUGGGCCCCACUGACUCCCUUGCUGCGGUGUUUCUUCAAGCGCACAGAAUCACUCUUUUCGCUACCAAAACAAGAUGCUGUUCCAUUUGAGGAGCCUGUUGAACAAUGCAGCUCUGAGAAAUGGCCACCAUUUCGUGGUUCGAAAUUUUCGAUCUGGACAACCACUACAAAAUAAAGUACAGCUGAAGGGUCGUGAUCUCCUCACUCUAAAAGACUUCACAGGAGAAGAAAUUAAGUACAUGCUAUGGCUAUCAGCAGAUCUAAAACACAGGAUAAAACAAAAAGGAGAGUAUUUGCCUUUAUUGCAAGGGAAGUCCUUAGGCAUGAUUUUUGAGAAAAGAAGUACUCGAACAAGACUGUCCACAGAAACAGGUUUUGCACUUCUGGGAGGACACCCUUGUUUUCUUACCACGCAAGAUAUUCAUUUGGGUGUGAAUGAAAGUCUCAUGGACACAUCUCGUGUGUUGUCUGGCAUGACAGAUGCAGUGUUGGCUCGAGUGUAUAAACAAGCAGAUCUGGACACCCUGGCUAAAGAAGCAUCCAUUCCAAUUGUCAAUGGGCUAUCAGACAUGUACCAUCCUAUCCAGAUCCUGGCCGAUUACCUCACUCUCCAGGAGCACUAUGGCUCUCUGAAAGGCCUGACCCUCAGCUGGAUUGGAGAUGGAAACAAUAUUCUGCACUCCAUCAUGAUGAGUGCAGCGAAAUUCGGGAUGCACCUGCAGGCUGCUACUCCAAAGGGUUAUGAGCCGGAUCCUAGUGUAGCCAAGUUGGCGGAGCAAUAUGCCAAGGAGAAUGGUACCAGCCUGUUGCUGACACACAAUCCACUGGAAGCAGCUCGCGGAGGCAAUGUAUUAAUUACAGACACUUGGAUAAGCAUGGGACAAGAAGAGGAGAAGAAAAAACGACUCCAGGAUUUCCAAGGUUAUCAGAUUACAAUGAAGACUGCUAAAGCUGCUGCUCCUGACUGGACAUUUUUACAUUGCCUGCCCAGAAAGCCAGAAGAAGUGGAUGAUGAGGUCUUUUAUUCUCCACGAUCACUAGUAUUCCCUGAAGCUGAAAAUAGGAAGUGGACAAUCAUGGCUGUCAUGGUGUCUCUGCUGACAGAUUACUCACCUCAGCUCCAGAAGCCAACGUUUUGAAGUUGUGAUGCUUGUCAGGAGAGAAACAAUAUCUUCCAAUAACAAAAUGAGUCAGUUUAUGGUGGGAACGGGGAGAAAACUGAAAACAAACAAAUCCUGAUAACUUGUAUAUGAAAACUGUAUGUUUACUUUGCCAUUCAUAAAACCUGUCUGAAACCCUCAAUUUAAGUGCUGAUGAACUAUAAUUAAUACAUGACCUGACUUGGUUUUAACACCCUUCAGAAUUUACAACUUCAGAGUUACAUUUGGGUAUCACAUUAAAAACCAUGUGCAUUUACUUCAACUAAACAUAAAAUACUGUGUUCAUAAUACAUGAUAUAUAAGCCACUAAAUAUAAUCUGUGCUUAUUGCCUUAAUAAAUUAUCCCACACACUAAUUUAUAAGUAAACAUUUACCAGGCAGUCAGAGGCUGGUAGAUCUAUGGGCUAUGUUCCUGUUUCCCAGGACCACUGAGGAAGCCAGAUGAUCACUCUUGUUCAAAUAGAACAAAUUCUCAGGCAGUGAGGUAGACAGACCUGAACUUAGGUAAACAAAUGAUCAGAGUCUUAGAAAUCACUUAGACUGUGCUCCAACUCUGGAAUAUUUUUUUUCUAGUCAUUUGUGGGAGGGAAGGUCCUUCAGUAGCACACAUCUGCUCUCAGUAACAUGUUACAAGCUUAAAGAUGCCUCUUACGUACAUGUGCUAAAACCAUGGAUACCUAGCUAGGUACUUCAGAUCCAUUAGAGAGUAAAAUCAUCCAAGUCAAGUUUUCCAGCAGGAGCAAUUUUGGUGUAUUCAUGCUUGCAUUUCUCACACAGCUACUCACACUGCACACUUGGGUUUUCAUAAAUUUACCACUUGCCACAUUUUAGCCCAUUUAAAAAAUUUUCUUCUUUUUUGUUUUGUUUUGUUACCAGAGCACUGUUCAGCUCUGUCUUAUGGUGGUGCGGGGGAUUGAACUUAGGACUUUGGAUCCUCA